UCGUUCAGCCGCUUUUGCAAUAGGUCUGCCCCUCCUGUGGGGCAGAGGAGCCUGUUUCGCUGCAGCCGGGCGGGAUAUCUGCUUGGAGCCGGGGUCUGGCAGCGGAGUAUCUGACCCAACGGCGACGGGCUCGACCGAGGAGAAAGAAAGAGAAGUCACAAGGCAGUCACGCAGAGGAAGAGAAUGGUCGGAGAAGAGCAACAGCUCGCUUCAACGGCUAGAGCCUGCCUUUGAUUGGAGGUUAUCUGCGAGGCCAGAGGGGGAUUGUCUGCGCAGGGCGUUCCUCUCCUCUUCCUGCUCUGUUUGGGCUAUAAAAGCCUGGGCUCGGUGCCCGCUGCUCAGACCCCAAAAUGAAGUUGAAAGGAGAGGAGCAGAGCUCUGCCAGCAAUGAAGGCUCCCGGGGGAAAAUGACACUUGUGCUUGCAACGGUAACGCUGAUAUCUGCCUUUGGAUCUUCUUUCCAGUAUGGGUACAACGUGUCUGUGAUCAAUUCUCCAGCCCCGUACAUGCAAGACUUCUACAACCAAACGUACUACAACAGGAGUGGAGUGCCUAUGGAGAGUGGCUUCCAGACGCUGCUCUGGUCUCUUACUGUGUCCAUGUACCCCCUGGGUGGCUUUUUUGGGUCCCUCAUGGUGUGGCCUCUGGUCAACAACUGCGGCCGAAAGGGCACUUUGCUGAUAAGUAACCUCUUAUCUAUUUCUGCUGCAAUCCUAAUGGGAACUUCAGAGCUAGCAAAAACCUAUGAAGUGAUCAUCUUUUCACGUGUUAUCAUGGGAAUAUUUGCUGGUCUGGCUUCCAAUGUGGUUCCCAUGUUCCUUGGAGAAAUGUCCCCCAGAAAUCUGAGAGGUGCGAUUGGGAUCGUACCCCAGCUCUUCAUCAGCAUUGGGAUCCUUAUAGCUCAGAUCCUUGGUCUCAACAUCAUCCUUGGGAAUGCCAAAGGCUGGCCCGUGCUGCUGGCGCUCACUGGGAUCCCAUCGCUAAUUCAGCUCCUUAUAUUGCCCUUUUUCCCUGAGAGUCCCAGAUAUUUGCUGAUACAAAAGGGCAAUGAAGAGCAAGCACGGCGAGCUCUGCAGAAGCUGAGAGGCCGGGAUGAUGUGGAUGAUGAGAUCCAAGAGAUGCGCCAAGAAGACCAGUCAGAAAAGGAAGAAGGACAGUUCACUGUAUUCAGCCUGUGCACCUUCAGAGGCUUGAGAUGGCAGCUCAUCUCCAUCAUUGUCAUGAUGAUGGGCCAGCAGCUCUCAGGGGUCAAUGGGGUCUUCUACUACGCAGACAGAAUCUUCCUGUCGGCAGGAGUGGAUGACAACAGUGUUCAGUAUGUCACUGUGUCCAUAGGUGCCAUCAACGUCGUCAUGACCUUGGUUGCUGUUUUCAUUGUGGAAUCCCUGGGAAGGAGAAUCCUCCUCCUUGCUGGCUUUGGAUUUUGCUGUGUCUCCUGUGCAGUGUUAACUAUGGCUCUCAAUCUCCAGACCACUGUCUCAUGGAUGUCUUACCUCAGCAUAGUGUGUGUCAUCGUUUACAUCAUGGGACAUGCUAUUGGAGCCAGUCCAAUUCCCUUUGUGAUGAUCACCGAGAUGUUCCUGCAGUCAUCCCGGCCUGCAGCGUUCAUGGUGGGUGGGUCUGUGCACUGGCUGUCCAACUUCACUGUGGGGCUUGUGUUCCUCUACAUGGAGGCUGGACUGGGGCCCUACAGCUUCCUCAUCUUCUGUGGCAUCUGCCUCGCCACUAUAGUUUACAUCUUCAUCAUUGUUCCUGAGACUAAGAACAAAACCUUCAUGGAAAUCAACAGGAUCAUGGCCAAGAGGAACAAGGUGGAGAUUCAGGAAGACAAAGAAGAGCUUAAGGAUUUCCAAGCUGUCCCAGGUGGGCAGGCAGAGAAGAAGGAAAUCUCCAGCCAUGAGCUGUGACCCAGCCCAGUGUUGGCCCAGACAUUUUCCAAGAUCCAUUCAGUGGGAGAACAAAUACAUGGAUUAUUUUUUUGAUACCGAUCUUCAUUCAGACCUUCUGCAAGCUUUCCACAGCAGGAGUUUCCACAUAAGCCAUUGUGUCUUGAGAAUGUUCUCAUUAUGAGUAAUCCAGCCCAAACCAUGGAAUGGUUUGGGUUGGAAGGGACCUUAAAGCUCAUCCAGUUCCAACCCCUGCCACAGGCAGGGACCCCUUCCACUAGAGCAGCUUGCUCCAAGCCCCUGUGUCCAACCUGGCCUUGAACACUGCCAGGGAUGGGGCAGCCACAGCUUCUCUGGGCACCCUGUGCCAGCACCUCAGCAGCCUCACAGGGAAGAGCUUCUACCCAAGAGCUCAUCUCAGUCUCCCCUCGGGCAGGUUAAAGCCAUUCCCCUUGGCCUGUCCCUACAGGCCCUUGUCCAAAGCCCCUCUCCGGGUUUCCUGCAGCCCCUUUAGGCACUGGAGCUGCUCUAAGGUCUCCCUUUAAAGAGUCUUUUCUUCUCCAGGCUGACCCAGCCCAGCUCUCUCAGCCUGGCUUCAGAAUAGAGCUGCUCCAGCCCUCAGAGCAUCUUUGUUGUCUCCUCUAGACUCACUCCAACAGGUCUGUUAACAAGACCACCCUACUUCAUGUUAUAGCCACUGCCAAAGCAAAUUACCCAUUGAGAGUAUUUGCAACAUGGAAAGGGCAGUAUCCUCAGCCAGCUCUGUUUCUGUGAUCAAAUAACCUGUGCCAUGUGGUGAUAUAUGUUCCUGAUGUUCUGAUACAUCUCAAGUGGUGCAAGCCAGCUCUUGGGUUUUGGUCAGUUGUGUGCAAGGAUUGUACUAUAUUCCUCUGAGGAACUGCCAGGCCUUUGCUCUGGGGUAGAGAAUGUGUCAGUUGUUCUCAGGUACUUUGUUAGGUGGGCUGCUAACAGCAUUUACCCUGUCAACACCUGUCCUUCGUGUGCUUCAAAGGACCACUACAUGGGAAAUGCAUAUCACUAUAGCCUCACACCCAUCCUGCUCACCCAACUCCCUCCUUCAAAUCAAACCUAGUCCUCAGCUGUUGCUGAUGAGUCCUUCCAAAGCCUUAUUCUUGAGGUUAGGAACCACCCACCUGGCUGGUGCUUAUUCAGGACCAGUUUAUACCCAUUUGUUCCAGUGGCACAAAGCUAUUUAGCUCAUUGCACUCCCUAGUGUUUACACUUCAGUUGCCAAAGAGUGAUCCUUUAAUAACCCCCAUAUCACUACUUUGUAUGUAUGAGUCAGCUGAAGCUCAGUCAGCCCCACAAAUAGAUAACAUUGAACUUCCUUGCUGCAGGAGUCAGAUUCAGGCUGAUUCCUGUGCAGUGGGCUACUUGUGUUUGCAAACAAGUCCAAGCUUGUCUUUAGCUUCUCACAUUGAGUUCUUUAAAUCUAGUUUUUGAAAUAACUCAGCUCUCAGGUACUUGAAACCACUUGAAAAAGUCUUUAGGUGGUUUAGAGCUUGGUCCUUCUACUGGUUUCUGGUUAUGUUCCCUAAGGCACCAUUCCACUGAGAAAAGCUUUGAGUCUAAGGACUGGUGCUGACUGAGAAGAAAGUAAAGUGCACACUGAUGAAAA